CCGACGUAAACACACAGACGACAAACGCGCGCAAACUUGUUAAGUGGAUCGCCAACGGUCGCAUGAGAUUUCCUUAACAUUUUUGAAGUGAGAAGAAGAGAAAAUGUCGUUGAAAUCAAAACGGAAACCUAACGUCAGCCUGCAAAAGGAAGACAGCGAGGACCUCUUCCUCAGCCCGCCCAAGAAGACGAAGAAGAGCCAAAGCAAGAAAGAGGAUGAUGAACUGAAGGACGACUCCCUCUUCGGAGAGCUGAUAAACAAGGCAGGCUACAUACUCAAGAAAGGGGAUCAGCCGAAUUUACUCAAAUGUGACCAGGCAGUAUUCCAAAAGGACCUUAGAUGGGGCAUAAGAUCCCAUUCACUCUAUCGCAUGCCUGAGAUUGCUGAAAAAUUUGUAAAAGGAUUGGAGGAGCAUGUAGAUGAUCAAGUACGACUAAAGUGGGCACUUCUUUACACUCAG